AAUACUAGAGAAAAAUGCGGCUGCCUUGCUUUUGGUUUCGCCAACACAUGGUUACCAAAUAUCACAACGAUCAACCGUCAAGUUUUGACUUGUCAUCACAUACAUGCGCAUAAUCUAAAGGGCACCAAGAUAUGACCUCAAGAAGGGAGAGAAUUAUUAUAUAACUGGCAUAUGUAAUGUGAUUAUACGUUGUCCAGACAUUUCAGGGCAACCAUUUUAGAGAAAUUUUUUUCAUCUUGUUAUUUCAUUUUUUAAUGUCCCCUUUUUGGUAUUGGCUCGCUAAUAAGCCAAGCUAUCUACAGUCGUGCAUCCAAGACGCGUUUGCCUUCCAUGAUUGGUAUCAAUAAACAACGUUAACCAGGCAGUUACAUGUUAAAUAGAGCAUUUCCCAGCUGGCGCUCGUCACGUGUUUUCCCGUGAGCCCACGGGUCACACAUCCUGGCGUGGACGGCACACACGCACAGCACCGGGCGACUUCAGAGGAAGUGUUCAGAAGUCAUUCCGUGUCAACUGAAGUCCCCAAACUCUAAAGAUACUUUGCCUACACGGGAGUAGCUCCGGUACCGUUUCAGUUGAAAACGACCAUGCAGACUCAGGUGUAUAUCGUCCUCACGUGUGCCGUGCUGUGCUGUGGUCUGGAAAGGAUUAAGCUGUGGAAGACGGGUUCCUAUCAACGCCGUACAAACUGUACUCCUAACGCCGUUUCAAACGACAUCGUACUGACGGACCCAGAACCGCCCAACGGUACAACCCCGGAGGGUCUGAAGAACUUCAUGGACGUUCAGUACUACGGUGUGAUUAGUCUCGGAACCCCGCCUCAGGACUUCAACGUGAUUUUUGACACCGGCUCUUCCAACUUGUGGGUGCCGUCGGUCAAGUGUGAUGGUACCGCAUGUGCAAACCAUCACAGGUACAACCACAGCAGGUCCCUGUCCUACAAGGCGGACGGCCGGCCGCUGAAGAUCACGUACGGCAGCGGCAGUCUGUCAGGAUUCCUCAGUCAGGACGCCAUCACGAUCGGCUCCAUCGUCAUCAAGAACGGGACGUUCGGGGAAGCCACCAAUGAACCUGGCUCGGCAUUCGCCACCGGGAAAUUCGACGGGAUCCUGGGCCUGGCCUACCCGCAGAUCGCCGUGGACCACAUCCGCCCGGUGUUCGACAUGAUCAUGGACCAAAAUCUGGUGGACAACAACGUCUUCUCCUUUUACCUGGACAGGGAUCCCGCGGCGGCCCCGGGGGGAGAGCUGCUGCUGGGCGGGUCCGACCCAGCCUACUACACCGGCAACUUCACCUACAUACCCGUGUCAUACCAGGGGUACUGGCAGAUCAACAUGGACGGCGUGCAUGUAGGUCCGCUAAAACUCUGUGCAGGAGGGUGCCAGGCUAUUGUAGACACGGGCACCUCUCUGAUCGCUGGGCCGUCAGAGGAGAUAGUCAAGCUCCAGGCCGCCAUAGGGUCACAGCAGAUAAGUCCUGGACAGUUCUUGGUAGACUGUGGUAAACUGGACAGCCUUCCCGUCGUGUCGUUCCGGUUCGGCGACAAGCUGUUCAACUUGACAGGACAGGAGUACACUCUAAAGGAACAAGCCAACCCUACCACCCAGGUCUGUCUGGUGGGGUUUAUGCCUAUGGACAUCCCCAACCCCAGGGGACCGCUAUGGAUCCUGGGAGAUGUCUUCAUCGGCCAGUAUUACACCGAGUUCGACCGAGGGAACAACCGGGUCGGCUUCGCUCGGGCCAAGUAGUGCACGAACCUCGUCCCCAGGACACCGUGUGCUUUGUACCCAGUCGCCUGACUCUGAACACCGUGAUCCUACGUCACCACGCACUAUGGCUGUAAUAUAAAACAUAACACACAGGAGACAAAGCAUAAUCGGGACUAAAGUUUGAGCAAUCUCACAGUUAUGAGUGUACUCAAUGUUUCGCAUGUAUGCACUAUUAUACACGACUUCAUAUUAAGGGUACGGCUAUGUAUUUCGAUGUGCUCCAUGUCUGACAAAUAAA